AUGUCGCAAAACGACGACGCACAGCAUGAAGAUGAUAUCCAAUAUGCUUCCAUGGGAGUAACUCGUGAAGAGCUGGAAGAAAAGUAUCCAAACCGCCCAAAGAAUCACUCAAAGACACUCGUUUUCUCUGAGCUGUUCCGAGAAGUCUUCAACCCGCUCAAUGAAAACAAGAAGCAGAACGCCGCGGGCUCGGGGCCUAAAAAAUCGUUUCGUGGAGUGAACAAGCUCUCCCCCCACGAACAACGUCGGCACAUCAUUGACCGUUUCAUUACCCGAUGGCGCAAGGAAGUUGGUCCUGAUUUCUAUCCUGCGUUGCGCUUGAUUCUCCCAGAUAAGGAUCGCGACCGUGGAGUUUACGGCCUCAAAGAAAACGCAAUUGGAAAACUACUCGUCAAGCUCAUGAAGAUCGACAAAAACUCUGAAGAUGGCUACAGUCUUUUGCACUGGAAGUUGCCUGGCCAGACUAUGGCAUCUCGACUGGCCGGUGACUUUGCUGGGCGUUGCUUCGAGGUCAUCUCAAAGAGGCCAAUGCGAACACAGGUCGGCAACAUGACAAUUGCCGAGGUGAACGAGCAGCUGGAUAAGCUUGCGUCUUCCAGCGGAGAAAUGGAAAAUCUGCUCCUCAAGCAGAUGAAAGUCGGUGCCACGGAGAAGACUUUCUUAGAUCUUUGGCAUCCAGAUGGUGACGCCUUAUUCAGCGUAUCAUCAAGCUUGAAGCGUGUGUGCUGGGAACUCUGGAAUCCAGAAAUUCGUCUUGAACAGGACGAGACAGGCGUCGCUCUAAUGCAAUGUUUCCAACCUCAGCUGGCUCAAUUUCAGAUGCCUGCGUCUUUCCAAAAGAUGAUUCAACUCCUUCGACCGACCGAAGAAGAUCCCGAGUUUUGGAUCGAAGAGAAGCUGGACGGUGAGCGUAUGCAAGUGCACAUGGUCCAGGAUAAGAGUCACCCGGGUGGCAGGAAGUUUUGUUUCUGGUCACGAAAGGCUAAAGAUUACACAUAUCUUUACGGUGACGGUCUCCAAGACGAAACGUCGAGUCUUACUAGACAUCUCAAGGAUGCCUUCGCAUCCGGCGUGAAAAACUUGAUCUUGGACGGCGAGAUGAUCACUUGGGACAUGGGUGUCGACAAGAUAGUACCUUUCGGCACCCUAAAAACAGCAGCAAUUUCCGAGCAGCAAAACAAGUCGGCCUCUGACACAGUACACCCUACGGGACCGACAUCGAGCUCUAGAAAAGGCAAUAAAACCCGUUUAUCGUCGACUCGAAAUCACGAAUACACCAGCGCAACGAGUGCCGAUGCCAUUGAGCCUCUUCUUCGCGAAGUGGUUGCUAACGCUUCCGAAGGCCUUGUUUUGAAGAACCCACGGUCCAUGUACCGCCUCAACAGCCGAAACGACGACUGGCUCAAAGUGAAACCUGAAUACAUGUCCGAGUUUGGAGAGUCCCUUGACUGUGUCAUUAUUGCUGGCUACUAUGGUACAGGAAAACGGGGUGGCGCUCUAUCAAGUUUCCUGUGUGGGCUGCGUGUCACGCAAAACCAUAUACAAGCUGGUGCGAAUCCUGAAAAGUGCUUCAGUUUCUUCAAAGUUGGUGGUGGUUUUCGCGCAGAGGACUAUGCGGAAAUCCGACAUAGAACGGAAGGCAAAUGGAUCGAAUGGGAUCAACGAAACCCACCGUCAGAGUAUAUUGAGCUGGGAGGAGGUGAGGCUAGACAAUUUGAGCGCCCGGAUGUUUGGAUUCGGCCCAAAGAUUCCGUUGUGGUCUCGGUCAAAGCCGCCAGUGUUGGGCCUUCCGAUUCGUUCGCUCUGGGUUUCACUUUGCGAUUUCCACGGUUCAGGCGUCUGCGAUUAGACCGGAGCUGGAAUACUGCUCUCUCACUCGAGGAAUUCCAAGAGUUGAAACAACGUGUCGACGAAGAAUCAAAGGAGAAGGCGAUGACGGUUGAAGACAGGAAGCGCCACAACCCUAAACGAGUCAAGAGGGAACUCACCAUUGCUGGAGAAGAUACCAAGGUGGCCGAGUUUAUGGGAGAGACGACAAAACUGUUCGAAGGCCUGGAAUUUUGUGUUCUUUCCGAAGCACUCAAGCCCUACAAAAAGACCAAAACUCAGCUUGAGACCAUCAUCAAGGAGAAUGGCGGCGUCAUCUCGCAACGAGCAGCACCUGGCACGAACAUGGUUCUUAUCGCCGAUAAGAAGGUCGUCAAAGUGGCAAGUCUUGUGAAAGGAGGGGACGUGAACAUCAUCCGCCCCAAAUGGAUUAGAGAUUGCCUCGAGCAGGAAUUGGGCGCGUUUCUUUUGCCAUUUGAGGAUACACAUCUAUUCCACGCAACUGAUGCGUUGAAAAGGGCGGCGAGCGAAAACACAGAUCAGUUUGGUGACAGCUACACACGCGAUCUAUCUAUCGAAGAGCUUAGGCAAGUCAUGAAUGACAUGCCAAAGAUUGAGGACGGCAUAUCCUUUGACAAGAAUGAAUUCCUUCAACAGCUUGAGGAACGUGGAAAAGACCUGGGGCCCUUGAAGAGCCUCACCUUUCGGCGUUGCGUGAUGCUAUUUCACGCCGUGGAAGCUGGCGAUAAAAGGAUUUCGAGGCUAGAGAAUCUCGUCAGGUAUGGCGGAGGAAGUGUCACAGGUGACGCAAACGACUUAUCCGUGACUCAUGUGGUGAUACAAGGCGACGACCCGAUGCAGGUUGGCGAGGCAGCUGAUAUGAUUCGCAAGGAACUAAGCUCUAGGUCUAUACAGCCGCGAGUGGUGACAGGGGCUUGGAUCGACGAAUGCUGGAAAGAGAGCACGCUACUUGACGAAGAGCAAUUCGUGGUCCCUUAA